AUGCAGCCUGCCAUGAUGAUGUUUUCCAGUAAAUACUGGGCUAGGAGAGGCCUUUCGUUGGAUUCAGCAGUGCCAGAAGAGCAUCAACUUUUGGAAAACUUAACACUAAAUAAAGGGAACAGUGGCAGAAAUGAUGAAAAAAAAGUUGCCAGGGGAAACAGCAAAAGUGAAACUGCUAUAGAAGGUGGCAAGACGGCUGUUGUCUUCUCCUUGAAAAAUGAAGUUGGAGGAUUGGUGAAAGCACUGAAACUCUUUCAGGAAAAGCAUGUCAACAUGCUUCAUAUUGAAUCCAGACGGUCCCGCAGAAGAAGUUCAGAAGUUGAAAUUUUUGUGGACUGUGAAUGUGGCAAAACAGAAUUCAACGAGCUCAUUCAGCUGCUGAAAUUUCAGACCACAAUUGUGACGCUUAAUCCUCCAGAGAACAUUUGGACGGAGGAAGAAGAGCUAGAGGAUGUGCCCUGGUUUCCCAGGAAAAUCUCGGAGCUAGACAAAUGCUCGCACAGAGUUCUCAUGUAUGGUUCUGAGCUGGAUGCGGAUCACCCAGGAUUUAAGGACAACGUCUAUCGACAGAGAAGAAAGUAUUUUGUGGAUGUGGCCAUGGGUUAUAAGUAUGGUCAGCCCAUUCCCCGGGUGGAGUACACUGAGGAAGAAACCAAGACUUGGGGUGUUGUAUUCCGGGAGCUUUCCAAGCUCUAUCCCACUCAUGCUUGCAAAGAGUAUUUGAAAAACUUCCCUUUGCUGACGAAAUACUGUGGCUAUCGGGAGGACAAUGUGCCUCAGCUGGAAGAUGUCUCCCUGUUUCUGAAAGAAAGAUCGGGGUUCACAGUGAGGCCGGUGGCUGGCUAUCUGAGUCCAAGAGACUUCCUGGCAGGACUGGCCUACAGAGUGUUCCACUGUACUCAAUAUGUCCGCCAUGGCUCGGACCCCCUCUACACCCCAGAACCGGACACAUGCCAUGAACUCCUGGGGCAUGUUCCACUACUUGCAGAUCCUAAAUUUGCCCAAUUUUCACAAGAAAUAGGAUUGGCAUCUUUGGGAGCGUCAGAUGAAGAUGUUCAGAAACUAGCCACAUGCUAUUUCUUCACAAUCGAGUUUGGCCUUUGCAAGCAAGAAGGGCAGCUGCGAGCCUAUGGAGCAGGUCUGCUUUCCUCCAUCGGAGAAUUAAAGCAUGCCCUUUCUGACAAGGCCUGUGUGAAAGCCUUUGACCCAAAGACCACUUGCUUACAGGAAUGCCUUAUCACCACCUUCCAGGAAGCCUACUUUGUUUCCGAAAGUUUUGAAGAAGCCAAAGAAAAGAUGAGGGAUUUUGCAAAGUCAAUUACUCGUCCCUUCUCAGUGUACUUCAAUCCUUACACACAGAGUAUUGAAAUUCUGAAAGACACCCGAAGUAUUGAAAAUGUGGUACAAGACCUCCGCAGUGAUUUGAACACAGUGUGUGAUGCCUUGAACAAAAUGAACCAAUAUCUAGGGAUUUGACGCUAGGACCAGUAUUGAUGCCGUCCUGGUAUUUUGGGGACUUAGCAAGUCAGUCAAUGUCAUAUAACACCCUAA